AUGCUAUCAAGUGUCGGUGCUACACCGCGAUGCCGGAGAGCUCUAUUAGACCCAGUUGGCAAGCUCGCCGCCACGCUAGACGUAGAGGCAGGAGGUAUAGAGGGGGGGGGGCACCCUAUCGACCCGGGAAUGCGCGCUGCAGUUGGUCGCUGGGGUCCUCCACUGCCUCACGUGUUCCCCAUGAUAGAUGACUGGAGGCCUCGCCCUCCCCGCUUCUUACACUUGGACCCCUUCUGCAUCGCCCCUUUCCCCUUGUACUCGAGGUGA